GCUUCCGGCUGUUCCGUGAACGUUCCCGAUAAACAAAUAGCAAUUGUCUAUCGUCAUUCAAAAUAUUAAUUGUAAUUUCGAUUAUUAUUUGUCACUCACUCACUGUAGUCUUUUUCUGUUUUCUUUUCUUUUUUUUUCCUCCCAUAAGUUUUGAUUUUCUAGAAACCAAAAUGUCGUGGAUACCCUUAGAAUCCAAUCCAACGGUUAUGAGCAAGUUUUUGCACGACUUGGGUGUGCCGAAAGAAUGGGAAAUAUGUGAUGUAUUUGGAUUUGGGCCUGAUGAACUUGCCAUUGUUCCAAGACCAGUUGCUUCUGUCAUUAUGUUGUUUCCGUACAAUGAUGCUUAUCAAAAACGUAAGGAAGAAGAAGAGGUGAAAUUAAAAGAUAAAGGUCAACAGGUAUCAGAUAAUGUAUAUUUUGUGAAGCAAUUUAUACAUAACGCCUGUGGUACUAUGGCUCUAAUACAUAGUGUUGCUAAUAAUAGAGAUAAAAUAAUACUUAAUGAUGGAAUAUUAAAACGUUUUUUGGAUGACGGAAAAAAUAUGUCACCAAGUGAUCGCGGUGAAAUGUUAAUAAAAUCUGAAGAUAUGGUUAAUACUCACAGGGAAAUCGCUACUGAGGGACAAACUGCGCCACCUGAUCCAGAAGAUGUUUUACCUUAUCAUUUUGUUGCAUUUGUUUGUAAAGAUGGAAGUUUAUAUGAAUUAGAUGGUGGAAAGUUUGACCCUAUUAAUCAUGGACCCACAAGUCCAGACUCAUUACUUGAAGAUGCAGUUAAUUUAAUCCAAGAAAAAUUUAUUGUUCAAGAUCCAGAAAGUGUUUACUUCACACUAUUGACUUUAUCCAAUGUUAGUGAUGCAUAUUAAAAAUCUCAAAUUCAUUUUCUGAUA